GCGGAAAACGGAAGGUUGCUUGCCUGUUUUCCGGCAUGGAGUCAGAACUCAGUGCUGAUCCGGAGCUUCACCCUGCGCUCCCCUUCCCGCACCAGGUCCCGCACCGCCGCGCAGCCUGACCGCAGCACAACUUACCCACCCCGCCGUACCCGAGCCCUGAGAGAGAGAGACGGGGAGCCGCUGAGGGGAGAGGGGAGAGAGGAGCCGCGGGUCGGAGCUUCGGACACUGCCUGACCCCCAGCCCCUAACGAUGAUCCGGCGGACCGGCCCCGCGACCAGCCCGAGGACCGUCAGAGCGGCCUCCUGCCCCCGAUACCCGGAACCGAGGCCCGCUGCUGCCCACUAACUCCACUUACCGCCGCUAGCCAGCUCACCUAGCUAGCUAACCUCCGGCCGAGAGCUCCGCAGCCGAGCCCGGACCCGCACUCCACUGCAGCGAUGAAUACAGUAAAGUCUGGCUCAGUGACUUGGAGGCCACAGCCGUGGCGGGACACGGACAGCGGCGCAGGCGAACCCCUCUCUGACAGCGACUCGGAGGAAGAAGAUUUUCCAGAUGACACGACGACACCUCUGGGAGAAUACAUCACACACGGGUUAAAGCUGCUACUGGAUGCUCAGCAGCUGUGUGAUGUCACUCUUCUGGUGGAGGGGAAGAGGUUCAUGUGCCACAGGGUUCUCCUGGCCGCGGUCAGCCCGUAUUUUCGUGCCAUGUUUACCAGCCCUCUGGUGGAGUCUCGGCUGACGGAGAUCCGCUUGGAGGAAGUGACUCCUUCAGUGAUGGAGACAGUUAUCCACUUUAUCUAUACAGGGGAGGCAGGGCUUAGUUUGGACACAGCAGAGGACCUGUUUGUUGCAGCCAAUCGUCUGCAAGUGAUGCCUCUGCAGGAUCUGUGCUCCAGGUUCCUCUUUGAGCACCUGUCUGUGGAGAACUGUUUGGGUAUGUACUCUCUGGCCCGAUCACAUCACGACCAGCUCCUGCUCCGGGCUUCUCUCAGGCUGGUGGCUCAGCAUUUCCCUCGGGUGGCCCGACAGAAGGACUUUCUUCUGCUGGACCCGGGGACGCUGGGCAGCCUGCUGGAGUCGGAUCGGCUGGGCGUGGAGUCCGAGACCGAGGUGUACGACGCGGCACGGCGGUGGGCGGAGAACUGCCCGGCCGAGCGCUACGUUCACAUGCCCACCCUGCUAAGGCAUUUACGACCGGGCCUGCUGGCCCCCGAGGAAACGCGGCGGCUCAACAAAGAGCUCGGGCCAAGGGCCAGCACCGAGGGCAUGGGUGGCCCUCUAAGACCCCGGGAGGGCAUGUUCGAGAAGAAGAUUGUGUGUGUGGACCUUAAGCCCAGGGAGGACGAGGCUUUGCGAGAGAGCGACUACACUGUGGACUGCUUUGACCCACGUACUGGCAAGUGGGAGAAGCUGUCGGCGCUGGGCUCUCUGCUGUGCCCUGGGUGCACAGCUGUGGGCGGGCGCCUGUUCGUGGCGGGUGGAAUUCUGCGGACAGGGCAGGUGUCAUCGGCGGUGCACGAGUACGACGUGGUGCUGGAUCGGUGGAUCUUGCGGCCUCCGAUGGAGCAGUCGCGUGCCAUGUUCGGUCUGCUGGGCUCCGGAGAUUCUCUUUAUGCUCUGGGUGGCUGCAACCGUUCGGCACUUCUCGACUCAUGCGAAAUAUUUGACCUUAAUAAACUGGUUUGGGUUCCUGGUCCCCGUUUGCCGCUGCCACUGCGUUGCUUCGCUUGCGCCACGUUGCGUGGUCGCCUCUACCUGCUUGGAGGCACUACGCUGGAACAGAACAGGGCUGUGGUGCAUGCUGGCGUUCUAAUCUACCACACCGUCACAAGGACCUGGAGCCGCGUCAGCUUGGACUCUGGCGCCACCUGUCUGGCUGGAGGAGUGGCAGUGCGGGGUGGCGUCUGUGCCGUGGGUGGCUACAUGCGUGAUGCCGCCAAAUUCAUAGACGGUAACUACACGCAGCUGGAGCCACUCGACGCCACUGGGCGGGUGCUCUUCUUCCGUGAGGGAAGGGGAACGGGCACGGAGCGGGAAAUACUGGCCGUAACGGACCGACCGGCAGGAGACCGGACAGGAGAGCGGACGGGAGAGCAGCGUGGCAGCGGGAGUGACCGUGCCGCCAGUCCCGUUGUUUUUCCCGGCCUGCCGCGCCGCAUCGCUGCCGGGGGCGUGGCAAGAUGGAAGCGGCGGAUUUAUGUACUGGGCGGAGAGAACGGCUCCAGGUUCUACGACAGCGUGUACUGCUGGAAGCCCGGGUGGCGCAGCUGGGUCCAGAGACGCGAGAAACUCCCGGGAGACACUGGAGGAGUAAGUCAGUUUGGAUGUACCACUUUAAAAUUCCCCAAAAAACACAUCUUGACCCGUCUCAGGUCCGCACUGGAGAAGCAGAGCAAGGAGAAGAGACUGAGCCGGAGGACGGAAGACAGGGACCGCCGGAGCAAACGGGCCAAUCACGACGCGUGAUUUGUGAUUUAAAAGGAAUUCAUUCAGGAGAUGAUAUUUAGACCCAUUUAGAAUUUUAACAUCUUGUUUUGAGCUGAAUUUAGGUAUUUUGGUAAUUUGUGGGGGGGGGCGGGGUAAAGGUAUUAGCCUGUUUUUUUUGUCUCCUCCCCAAAACACUACUUUUAUUUCGCUGUUCUUUUUUUAUUUAUUUCUUUUUUUGUUAAAUUUUUAUGCAAAAUGAAAUGCUGCCUUCAAGUCCACCUCGGAAAAUCGUACGUACCUGCGAAUUUAGUUAGUUUUUAUAGUUAGGUAUUUUUUUUUUUAUAGCCUUAUAUAUUUUCUAUUCUUCUGUGUUUUGAGUUGUCUGAGUAUGUUUCUUAUUGUAUUGUGUUGUUGCUGCUGGAUGCCUAAAUUUCCUUCGGGAUAAAAAAAGUAUCUAUCUAUC